UUAUCUCGAUAUCAUCCUCGCGUAUUUACCGUGACUACGCGCAACGUACUUCGGUUGAUCUUUUAGCCAUCCGAUAACCAAACACAUCGAUACCUCGCCUCGCGCAUCGCAUAUCAUAAUAACCUUCACCAUGGCCGACCUAGCUAGUCGCAUUAGCCAGCCUGCUCCGGCUCAAGGGCAGGCCCAGCAGAAUGAGGAAUCUAGGCUCCAGGAAAGCAGUUACGAUGUUGAGGUCCAGCUCAGCGACCUUCAGAAGGACACAGAAAAUCCUCUUGGAUCUGCUCACACAUUCGAGGAGCUCGGUUUGCCAGCGGAAGUUCUUAAGGGUCUCUCGGCGAUGCGAUUCCAGAAACCAUCCAAGGUUCAAGAGAAAGCGCUGCCACUAAUGCUUGCCGAUCCUCCUCAGAAUAUGAUCGCUCAGUCUCAAUCUGGAACCGGCAAGACGGCGGCCUUUGUCACCACGGUCCUGUCCCGUGUCGAUCACACUAAGCCAACCGAGCCUCAAGCUCUGCUCCUUGCCCCCAGCCGUGAGCUGGCUCGUCAGAUUCAGAUGGUUAUUGGCCAUAUCGGACAAUUCUUACCCAACCUGGCUAUAGCAGCCGCUAUUCCCGGCGCCAUACCUCGCGACGGGCGUGUCGAUAAGAGUAUUGUCGUCGGUACACCAGGAACUGUUAUGGAUCUGAUUCGAAGACGUCAGUUCGACAUCUCCCACUUACGACUGCUUGUUAUUGAUGAGGCCGAUAACAUGCUGGACCAGCAAGGCUUAGGCGACCAAUGUACCCGAGUCAAAAAAAUGCUACCUCAGAACAUCCAGAUUCUCCUUUUUUCUGCUACCUUCCCCGACAAGGUUUUGAAAUACGCCACGACCUUCGCGCCUAACGCGAACAUGAUAAAGCUGAAGGUGCAGGAACUCACAGUGAAGGGGAUCUCACAGAUGUACAUGGACUGUCCCUCGGAAUCGGAUAAAUACGACAUUCUCUGCAAGCUGUACGGUUUGAUGAACAUCGGUUCCUCUAUUAUUUUUGUCAAGACGCGAGAUAGCGCCACCCAAAUCCAGCAAAGAAUGGCAAGCGACGGUCACAAGGUAUCAGUUCUGCAUGGUGCCUACGAAGGGAGCGAACGAGACGCGCUGUUGGAAGAGUUCCGAACCGGAAAGUCCAAGGUUCUCAUCACGACCAAUGUCCUUGCCCGUGGAAUAGAUGUGUCCACGGUGUCUAUGGUCAUCAACUACGAUAUCCCGAUGAAGGGAGUAGGAGAUAGCAUGCACGACACGGAGACCUACCUCCACCGUAUUGGUCGAACCGGUCGUUUUGGCCGUGUCGGUGUCAGUAUUACCUUCAUCUCAGAUAAGAAGAGCUUUGAUGCCCUCAAUGCUAUCGCACAAGAUCUCGAGAUUGACUUGGUCGCGUUGAAGCCUGACGACUGGGAUGAGACGGAGGAACAAGUCCAGCGAGUGAUCAAGUCGAGCCGAGCUCAAGCAGAUUUUGUUCCAAGCGGAGGAGCUGCGUGAGAGGGGCCAGGAUUGAUCGAAAUCGGCUUACCAAGUAUUGGGCGAACCAGUUUCGCGUGUUGGGCCAUGUAUGCGACUAUUUCGAUAUCGAAACUACGAGGAGUGAACUACGUGGGCAUUUCACCAAGCCGUUGGUGCGCUGAAACCGCUUUUAUUUUCUCUUGAGGCGCUCAAUAAAUAAUAAUCCUACGCCAGAGGAUUGUAGUUAAUGAGAGACGACUAGAUACCUAUUCACAGAAAAAAAGUCAUUUGAUUUUCCACGAUAGAAUUCUGCUGGAAGAAUCCUUUUUCCAUGUAACCUUCCUAUUCGUUCGGCUUCGCCUUAAUCGGCGUGCUGUUUCGAAACACGUCUAUGGGAGAACCAUAGUAUCAACGAA